CUAGCGCAGAGGCUGCUGCUGCUGCUGCUGCUGCUGCAGAGAGAGAGAGAGAGAGAGAGAGAGAGAGAGAAAGGGGCACUGACUGAGCAUAAGGGUGCAGCAUGCUGCCUGGCUCCUGUUCCACUUCCAGCCUCUUCAGUAGCAGCGGCGGCGGCGGCGGCGUUGCUCCGGCGGAGAGCGCAGGGCCAAAAGGGGACCGCGGGGAAGAGGAGGAGGAGGAGGAGGAGAGAGCGCGAUGGCUCGCCUGCGGGGCAGCGGCGGCGGCUGCGGCGGCUCUUUCUGGCUCCUGGUGCUGGCGGCGGCGUGCCUGCUGCCGCGUGCUCAGGUGAGGAAGCCGGUCCGGUGCCCUGCCGUCUGCAGCUGCACCAAGGAAUCCAUCAUAUGCGUCGGAUCCGCCAACGUGCCGCGAAGCCCCAGCGACAUCAGCUCCUUGAGCCUGGUAAAUGGAACCUUUUCUGAAAUAAAAGAGAGAAUGUUUUCUCAUUUGCCUUCCCUGCAAUUGCUAUUGCUGAAUUCUAACUCAUUUACAAUCAUUCGCGAUGAUGCCUUUGGUGGUCUCUUCCAUCUAGAGUACUUAUUUAUUGAAGGAAACAAAAUAGAAACCAUUUCAAGAAAUGCAUUUCGCGGCCUUCGAGACUUGACACACCUUUCUUUGGCCAAUAACCAGAUUAAAGCUCUGCCAAGAGAUGUCUUCAGUGAUUUAGAUUCUCUGAUUGAACUAGAUUUAAGGGGAAAUAAGUUUGAGUGUGACUGCAAGGCCAAGUGGUUGUUUCUGUGGUUAAAGAUGACAAAUUCCACUGUUUCUGAUGUCCUGUGUGUUGGUCCAGCAGAAUUUCAGGACAAGAAGUUAAAUGAUGUCUCAAGUUUUGAUGAUGAAUGCAUCACUACAGAUUUUGUGGUUCAUCAGAUUUUACCCUUCCAGUCAGUGUCAGUGGACACAUUCUGCUCAAAAAAUGAUGUGUAUGUAGCCAUUGCUCAGCCCAGCAUGGAAAAUUGCAUGGUGCUAGAAUGGGACCACAUUGAGAAGAACUUCAGGAGUUAUGACAACAUUACUGGUCAGUCCAUAGUGGGAUGCAAAGCUAUCUUGAUUGAUGAUCAGAUUUUCGUAGUGGUGGCUCAACUUUUUGGUGGCUCACACAUUUAUAAGUAUGAGGAAAGCUGGACAAAGUUUGUCAAAUUCCAGGACAUAGAAGUUUCCCGCAUUUCAAAGCCGAAUGACAUAGAGCUCUUUCAGAUAGAGAGUGAAACAUUCUUUGUCAUUGCAGAUAGCUCAAAAGCUGGUUUGACAACAAUUUAUAAAUGGAACAACAAAGGAUUUUACUCUUACCAGUCCUUGCAUGAAUGGUUCAGGGACACAGAUGCUGAGUUUGUUGAUAUAGAUGGAAAAUCUCAUCUGAUCCUGUCAAGCCGUUCACAGAUUCCCAUUAUCCUUCAAUGGAACAAAAAUUCCAGAAAGUUUCUCCCACACAGUGAGAUACCUAACAUGGAAGAUGUGUUGGCGGUGAAAAGCUUUCAAAUACAGGGCAACCUCUACCUCUCACUUACAAGAUUUAUAGGUGACUCCAGAGUAAUGAAGUGGAAUAGCAAACAGUUUGAGGAGAUCCAGGCUCUGCCUUCUCGGGGAGCCAUGACCCUUCAGCCUUUCUCCUUCAAGAAUAAUCACUACCUAGCCCUCGGAAGUGACUACACCUUUUCGCAAAUAUUCCAGUGGGAUCAUGAGAAGCAGCUCUUUAAAAUAUUCAAGGAAAUCUACGUACAAGCCCCUCGCUCGUUCACAGCUGUGUCCACAGAUAGAAGAGAUUUCUUCUUUGCUUCCAGUUUUAAAGGCCACACACAAAUAUUUGAACACAUAAUUGUUGACUUGAGUUUAUGAAGGAGCGGUACGAGGGAGGUGGGAGGGAGAAACUCGUGUACAAUGACAUUUUCACUUAAAAACAAAUGGAAAGGACAGAUGACUCAUUUCCUGAAGGUAGGAUGUGCCUGUGGCAUUAGUCAGGAGUUUUCUGAACUUUAUAGAAGUGCAUAUUUAAUCAGGGAUCGCAUUAACUUGGUGAAAUGCAUGCCAUGCCCAUUUUACCAUUGGUAAAGACACUUUAAAGUCUAUAAUUACUCAGAAAAAAGUGUGCAUUGCAUUAGAAUUAAUUCUAACACAUCUCAAAUACUGAUGCAGACUUGAAGACGGAGGUGGGAAACCAGAAGAAGCAGGACAGGCAUCGUGCAGAAACAAAGAGAAAAGCUCCAGUGUGCCAACCCUCCUUUGAGCUGAUCUUUUCAGAAUUCAUAGUGAAAGAACAACUCCACAUGCUUGUUUGUGAUUUGUAACAAAUAGCAUCCAGAUAGAAAAGCCUCAUCUGUUGUCUUUGCUUCAUGCUAGUCAGGGAUGACAGCAGGAAAAAGAAGCAGCUCUGCUGGUUGGCCCUCUGGAACAGCUAUUAUGGGAGGACCCUCUUGGGGGCAUUGAUAAAUUCUGAUGUAGUGAAAGAGGAAGUUUCUUUUGAAUGUACAGUUUAUGCAUUAGGUGAGGAAGAAGCUGUAGACAUGCGAUCCGUUCCCUAAAUAUUGCCCCCAGGUGGCUAGCUCACAGCAGUUCUGCAUUCAGUAGUUCAUCAGACUCAGAACUAAUCCAGCCCACCUGUGCUAAUAUAGUAGUAUUUAUGGCCUAACUAGAUGUUAUGGGAGGCAUAAAGCUGCUGUCAAUCCAUAUCUCCCAAUAAUAUUUAGUAAAAGAAGCAAGUGAUGUGAUGCCAUCACACCCAUAGUUUUCCUAUUCCCAUGUUUUUUUCCCCAUUGGCUGCUCCCACACCUGGGCCUGACUCCAGCCAAAGUUAAAUUUGUCAAAGUUCCCAAUGAUUUCAGUGGGAGAGUACUACACUUCUGCUUAAUUCUCCCAUUGAAAGAACUGGGAGUUAGCGCUCAUCUUUGGCGGGAUCAUGUCCUGUUAAUUCUGCCUUAUUCCUUUCAUUUGCUGCUUCAUUUUGAGAUGGCAUCCCAAGAUACGGCCACUAGAACUUGUGUUAUGGUACUUCCUAUGCUAUGGGUCAAUUUGUGUUUUUAGUUUGUUUAUCCAUAUUAUUCACUGCAUGCUUAAAAGAAUCUCCCAUGCACAGCUCACACAAUCGGAAUGGUCUUUUUGUUAAAAUGUAGGUUACUUGAUUAGGCAACUGUGCCACAUAUAUGAAGAUUGCGUGCAACAAUCAGCUCAGUUUCCAGGUACUAGACAUUCCUAGAUUUAUUGUAAAAGGGCUUUGCUUGCAUUUAGUUUCCAGUUUUAAAACAAUGAAAUGCAAAGCUAUAGUGACAUUCAGUGGUUUCCAGAUGAUGGUGAUGGGGGGGGGGGAACAGAGUCCUAUUGGUUUUUAGCUUACAAUUUUAUUUAUUUUUCCCCCUCUGGAAAAAAUACGCCACUUAUAAACAGAAAGGGACUGUUGUGUUAAAAAUAAUAGUGACAACAAUAACAUUAACCCCUCCAGUCUCCCUAGAAGGCUUACAAAUGUAAGCUAAUUCAAUAUAAUCCAUUACCAAAAUAAACAUAGAAAUGUCUUCAUACUUCUCAAUCAGAAAGAGAGCCCAAUUUUCAAGAAAUUUGCUUCCCUUCUAAAGACAAUGAGUCAGUUUUUGUUAUGCUUGUCUGUGCAGAGUUUGCUAUGCUUGAGUUUUUGGCACAACCUUGCCUGUUUUCCAAAACCAAAAAGCAGCAGUGAUAACGAUGGCAGAGAUCAAAUUACCUUUAGCAAUUAGUAUGCAGUGUUGGGUCCCAUUGCUCAUCAUCAUCCUCUGUCACCUGCCAAAGUAAGUCAGGCUUCAAUUUUGCCCCACAAUUGAGGGGACAGUAUGAUGACAAUGAGACUCAGGAGGAAACAGUUAGGAGAUACAGUGGUAAAAGUGUGACCCUGGGUUAGAAACUUGGUAAUCUUAACUAAUGAACAGCCUUGCUGACAACCCCUGCAAAGUAUCAGGGAUCUGUAUGUAUGUAGGAAACCAAAUCAUGAUCUUUCCUUAACACAGAUUUUUUCUAAAAUUGGAUUGUGGUUCUAUUUGCGUUACAAAGGACUGUAAACUGCUGUGUUCAAAAACAGCUUUUAAAUUAACCAGACUCUUCAGAUGUCCCACCACUCUUCUUCUGAACAUUGUGUUUUACAUAGCAUUUCUGCACCAUGUGAGCUAAAUCCUCUUUCACUCAUUCCAUUUGAGUCAAGCCAGUGAAGCAAUGCUGUUCACAUAGGUUUUAAAUGAAGCACUGAAAAUGUUAGCAGUAGGUCACUCCAGGCAAUCUAGCUGAAGAUGCUAAAAUAAAGCAGCUCCCAUACAUGACUCCAUAAUCGAGAAUCAAACUUUGUUCAGCAGCCUUUAAAAAGAAAUGUUAUAGAUGACAGAAUGCAGGUUGUGGCCUUCAUUAAUCAUAAGCAGAGUGGACCUAGAGUGGGUGGAGGCUUUGUCAUGGCUAGCUGGGAAACUCAAACAAACAGGAGUCUCUUCUUCCACUCAGGUUAUAAAGCAAAGCCAUCCUACAUAGCAAUGCUCAAGACCAAGAAACAUAGUAAUAAAAAAUAGCUGUGGCCCAGACAAUUUAAGUUUCCCUUUUCCUCAUCAUAAAGGUCUAUGUUUCAGAAACCACUUUCAGGGUUUGGCUUUAGCAAUAUCUGGUAUGUUACAGCAAUAAAUAUUUUAGCCAACAUCUGGAGAAAACAGCAAAGAAUCUUGUGCCAUCUUAAAGACCAGCAGAUUUAUUGGGACGUGAGUUGGUGAAGACGAAAGUACACUUUUAUCAAAAGGAGCCACAUGAAAGCUUAUGCUGACAUAAUCCUAGCCAUCUUUAAGGUGCCAUAAAGUUCUUCAUUGCUUUUGCUGAAACACAGUGACCCCUCUGGAAUCCAGAGAAUAUUAAGCAUGCCUAUAUCCCACUGGAAUCAAAGAAAUGGAAAUGGACUGCCUUCAAGUCGAUCCCGACUUACGGUGACCCUAUGAAUAGGGUUUUUAUGGUAAGCGGUAUUCAGAGGGGGUUUACCAUUGCCUUCCUCUGAGGCUGAGAGGCAGUUACUGGCCCAAGGUCACCCAGUGAGGUCACCCCAGUGUGGGGGUUCGAACCCUGGUCUCCCAGGUCGUAGCCCAACACACAAACCACUAUGCCACACUAGCUCUCUGGAAUCAAAGAGAACCAAGCAAAUCAUUCUUCUGUUUUAUUUCCAUGGGCUGUAAGUGCACCUCAUUACUUCUGGAUUGUAUCUGAUGCCUUUCCUACCCUCUGUGUUACUCCAUCACAAAUUAACUGUUUUCUGCAGUACCCCACAAAAUCAUAUUAAGACACACACACCCAAGUCAACAAGGCUAUUUCGCUGUAGUCCUGGUUGACCCCAGUUUUCCUGUUCAUGAAAAGGGAGUACAGGUGGCCAGCUACAAGUAUGGUUCUUGACUUCUAUGUUAUAUGUGGUAUGUGAAGAAAUAGGUCAUGAUAUGCUAGCAUUAAGUAAGCCUAAGUUUUGUUUCUGUAUUUUCCAAAACACAUUAGAAAAAAAACCUAACUUGCAAGAGCUAUGAUUUAGGAUACAAUCCGGCUGAAGUUAAGAUCUAUGUAUUUCAGUAGCAGAUAAUUAAUUUUUAUUAUUUCAUAAUAAGCUCAGGACUAUGCAUAUUCUCUCCCCCCAUUCUCACAAUAACUGUGAGGAGAUUAGACGGAAAGCUAGUGACUGGCCCAAGUCAUGCAGUGAACUUUGAGGCUGAGUGAGCAUUUGAACCAAGGUUUCCCCACUCCUAAAUGACCACUCAGAUCACUUUACCACACUGGCUUUACUCUCCCACUAAAAACAGCUUCCUAUGUUCCUAACUCUACUGGAGAUUGCAAGCAUCAUUUCAUUAUGUAUUGGGCGUUCUCAAUUUCAGUUGAUUCCUGUAUAUUCUUAUCACCAUGUAUAGCUGAGUCCUUCACUGAGGAAGACCAAAUCUUCUGUAGUUGGCUGUUUUUUAAUAAGUCUCUCUUGGUUUCUUGAAUGAGUCCCAUGCAGCAAGGUAUAACAGGCACAUGGCAGACAGCCAGGUGCAUCUCUUCUAUUAGUACACUCCCAAAGUAUUGAACACACAUCAUUAUAAAUAUAUGAAUGGAUACAUUUUAAAGCCAAGAAUUCUCAGUAAAUAUCUUUCAUAAAGGUAUUUGACACCACAGUCCUAAUCAUGCUUGAGAAGUAGGCUCUGUAGAUUUAAUCAGGCUUACUUCCCAGUGUGCAAGCAGUCUAGGCAAGCUUCUACAAGAUGAAAAUGCAUUGGCCCUGAUCCAGUUCUAGUUGCAGCAAACUAAUUUUGCAUGUCAACCGUGGCCCAGAUUCAGGAUAGAUGGAUCAGUUUAUUUCCAGUGCGUGUCAGUUUUGCAUGUGUUAAUUCAUAAAUCUGUUCCAUCUCAUUUCUGCAUUAACCUCUGAAUUGUUAAAAAGAA